AUGGCGUCCUCAACCCAACUCCGGACGACCCAAGAAGGCGGAGACUAUGGCACAGGUUCAGGCUUUGGGAACAUAGUAGUAAUACUCGCCGGAGUAUCUGCUCUGGUGGCAAUCAUCAUUACCAUCGUCUCGAUCCUCCUCCAGUCCAAGAACUACCGCAAACCCCUCCUCCAACGCCACGUCGUCCGUAUCAUGAUGCUCGUCCCCCUCUUCUCCUUGGCCAGCUGGGCCUCCCUCACCAGCCUCAAAGUCGCCUUCUGGAUCGACCCCUUCCGCGACGUCUACGAAGCCUUCGUCCUCUACACCUUCUUCCAGCUGCUGGUCAACUUCCUCGGCGGCGAGCGGAGCUUGAUCAUCAUGAUGCAUGGGCGUCCGCCGGUGUCCCAUCUAUGGCCCGUCAAUAAGAUUCCAGGAAUGCAUAAGGUGGAUAUUAGUGACCCGCACACGUUUCUGGCGGUCAAGAGGGGGAUAUUGCAGUAUGCGUGGAUUAAGCCGCUGCUGGCUAUUGCGACAAUUGCCAUGAAAGCUACGGGCACAUUUAAAGAUGGGAUUAUCGGGGUGAGUUCGGGGUAUUUUUGGACGAGUUUAAUAUACAACAUCAGUAUCUGCUGGUCGCUCUAUGAUCUGGCGCUGUUUUGGGUGUGCAUGAGCGCAGAUCUGCAGCCUUUCAGGCCGAUGCCGAAGUUUUUGUCAAUCAAGGGCAUCAUCUUCGCGAGCUGGUGGCAGGGCUUUUUUCUGUCGAUUUUGGUCUGGCUGGGUGCGAUACCUUCCGUUGGAGGCGGCUAUACUGCGGACAACCUCGCGGUGGCGAUUCAGGAUGCUCUGAUCUGCUUUGAGAUGCCGCUGUUUGCUAUCUCGCACUGGUAUGCUUUCAGCUGGAAGGACUACGCGGAUCAGACGAUUUCAGACGCCAGGAUGCCGAUGAGGUUCGCUUUCAGGGACAUGUUUGGCCCGAGAGACUUGAUUGAAGACGCGAAGGAGACGUGGUCGGGCAAUAAGUACGAGUACCGCUACUUCGAUGCUGAGGACAAUGUUCUUGCACACGAGGACUCUACCAGCCGAAAAGCAAGGAUGGCCGAGGGCAUGCGGUAUGAGCGAGGAGGAAGAGGGAAGUACUGGAUUCCUGCAUCAGAACCGGCGAGUGCGAAACAGCCACUCCUCGCUCGCUUCGCAGAUAGCCAUGCGAGAACGAUGAGUCCCGGCAAUCGUCAAGAAACCGGCAGCAGUCGAUCAAGCAGCCAUGUGAAGACGUACGGCACUGGUGCUGGAUCCGAUGAACUUGAACUGGAUGCCGAAGAGGAGAGACUGUACACGUCUGCGCGAGCACUGGAGUUCGGCGACUGGAAUUAUCCUGUAAUCAACACACACUACGCCACCCGUCAGGAUCAGCGAAACGCAGACCCGAAUAUGCUCUCGGGAUCAACAAACCGCAAUAUUCUGCAGCCUACGAAGGAGAACAAGCGCAGGCGGCAAAGCAGAAUACAAGACAUGAAGAAAGAAGUGCACCAGCAUAACGAACCAGGAAGCUCCUCAUCCCACCGCGGCAGUUCGAGCAGCGGCGACGGCUCCACGAUGGCCAAAGGCAAAGAGAAGCUCCAAUCUGUCCCCGUCGUUGGCCCGAUCCUUGAGCGCGCCAUUUCCACCGAAUCGGCUGAGUCCCACUCUUCACAACUUGUAGAUCUUGUCAUCGAAGACGAAGAAGCAGAACAAAUCGACCGCGUCCGAGCGCGAAAAGAAGGCGGACCAGGCUGGAACAGCGUCGAGCAGCGACACUAUGUCAAGACGUUCCCGGGUCAAGACGAGGCGGAGGAAGUCCGGCAGGGUUUCAAUCCUGAUAAGCCAGAACAAAAGGUCAGGGAUGCUACGCAUACACUUGAUGCGCCGCCGGACGAUAUGUUAGCGACGAAUGAGGCGCAGGGGAAGGAUGAGACGGGUGCAGAGCAGCCUUGGGAGGAGAGGAGGUACAGUGGGGAGGGGGCGUUUGAUGAUGAGCGGGCUGCUUGGGGGAGUAAGUGA